AUGACGAGCACAGAGAGUACCCCUGCUACGGAUGAGGUGGACCUGAUCAACCGAGAUCCUAAUGGUAUCAACGACCAUAUAGCGGUGGCGUUUGAGGACGUCCUCGGUGAACCGGAUGGAGUCCGAUCUGUAGACUGUGUAUGGCGGUGGUCCUACAAGUGCUUUAACCUAUGGAAAAAUCUGUGCUAUAGGAUCUCCACCCUCCUGUGUGGUAUUUGCAUUGCCAUGUCGUGGGGAUGCGAGUUUGCCCAAAUUGCCAUGCUUCAUGUGUGGUACAUCACACCUCUGAUGAAAGUUCUGGAAAUCAACUGCGGCUGCUCCAAGAAACUCUACGGCCUCUGCAUCAACUGCUGUUUGGAUCCACUCUGUGAAUCGUGUGGUCUCAUUUUCCGAGCUUUCAAGCGUUCUUAA